GGUGGACUUUCAGAUUCUGUGAACCCUCGCUACACCAGCUAUGGCUCCGGAGCUCCUCAAGCAAGGUCUUGUAAUUGAAGGGACUCAGUUUCCUCCAGGUUUGACAUCUCCGGUUUCACAGAAAAGCCUCUUCCUCGCUGGAGCUGGUGUCCGGAACAUACAGAUAAAUCCCCAAGUGACCAUCACUGUCACAGUUUUGGGAUUUUACUUCGAGGACGGCAUCUUGAAACAUCUUUCCGGGAAAUGGUCGGGCAAAUCUGGCUCGGAGCUGGAGAAGGAGGACGAUUUCUUCACGGAUAUCAUCAAUGCUCCAUCCGAGAAAAUCUUUAGCGUGACGAUGCUCAAGCCUCUUCCUGGCACCGACUUCUCAAAGAAAGUCAUGGAGAACACAAAGCAAGUGCUGGCCGAGUCGAAUUCUCUUGGCGAGGACGAGGAGAAGGCAAUUGAAGAGUUCUCCAAACUUUUCGAGGACCAGGCCCUCAAGCCAGGAAUGGGGCCGUUUUACGUGUCUUCCUCCUCCGGCCUUGGAGUCGGCUUUACGGACCCAGACGAGCCAUCCAACUUAAAAAUCUCGUCUUCGAUAGGAAACGUGAAGUUUGCAAACGCUCUCCUGAGCACCAUGAUCGGGAAGAACCCGGUGUCUCCAGCUUCGAAAGCUUGUAUCGCGCAACGCCUCUCAGCGCUACUGUAAUCGAACGUUUCGAGAGUUUACCAUCUCUUUGUGUAGUAAGAUCAAACGAAUACCUCACGGGAUUAACGUUGACGUA